AUGGCCGGCUCCAGCCGGCAGUCUGUGAAGCAAAGGGGCAGAUCAACCACGCCAGCUUCUUGCAUGGUGGCAUUGUGCAUUGGAUCGCCCCAGGCCUGCGAGGCGCUGCGGGAGCGGUGCCUGGCGCGGGUGCGGCUGGGCCGGGAGGCGCUACUAGAAAAGCUGCGGGGGCAAGAAGGAGCCGAGAAAGGCGCCCUGCGCAGCUUGGUCCGGGAAGCAGUGUUGGACGCACAGGCGCCAGAAGAAUGGCUCGACGAGGAGGCUUUGCUAGCUCUGGAAGAGGAGAUCUACUUGGAGCUGCGGGCGGAGGCGGAACGCCAGGCUGCGGAGGAGGAGCAGCAGCUGACGGAGCGGCAGAACGCGGAGGACGCGGCCCUCUACGAGCAACACCUGCUGGGGGGCGUUGCCUGCCCACUCUGCAGCCUGGGGCGGCUGCGAGUGAACGCAGGCACGCUGGUGUGCUCCGACUGCGAGGAGCUGCGCGUGGACAUCAUGGACGAGCAGAUGAGUUUGGACGACAUCUCCGAGCUGCUCUGUUUGUCAGAGGCUCGUCAUGAUCACGGCGGCUGCGCCGAGCGCGGCUGCUUUGAGGCCAGCGACCGCUACGGGCACAGGCUGCUGCUCUACGCGUGCAAAGCCUGCGGUUGGCGGGAGCUGGUCUUCUGA